CACUCACCACUUCAUCCAAACAUCCAAAACAACAUGGCGCCGGCUACGGAGGGAUUGAUGGACUUCGAGAAAGAGAUUUUUACGAAGAUCAGCAAGAAUGAAAUCGCCGAGCUCAAAACAUUGCUCGUUGCUAACAAAAUUAAAAUUGAUUUCGUUGAUGAAAAUGGGAUGACACCGCUCCAGCAUGCCUGCUAUAAAGGCAACAAAGAAAUCGUUCAGAUGCUUCUAGAUCAGGGUGCAGAUGUGAAUUCUUCACAACAUGAGCAUGCCUACACAGCCCUGCACUUUGCUGCAUUGAGUGGGAAUGCGGACCUCUGUCAUUUGUUGAUGUCUCACGGAGCACGUUUGACUGUAACUAACAGUGUUGGGCGUACCCCAGCUCAGAUGGCGGCAUUUGUCGGAAACCAUGAUUGCGUCGCUACAAUCAAUAAUUUUAUACCAAAAGCUGACAUUGACUACUAUAUCACACCACAAGGGCUCCAAACGGAACCUAUGCUCCCUCCGCACCUCGCUGACUCUUUCCACAAAUUCAUUAUGCAGGUCAAUGUUCACCCUGUCAGAGUUGCGUUGAAUCUACAAAGAUGUCCUGGUUUACUUGAAAAUUUGAACAAGGUGCAAAAAGUACUGGAAGCAAUGCGCCAUAAGGAAAUGAGACGAGGAAUUGAGACGAAUGAGGUAAUGGCUUUUAAGUAUCACUACCUAAGUUGCGUAACAGCUGAAGUAGCAAAAUGCCAGAAGCGACAGGAGGCAAUGAAAGCAGAAAAAUCGGAAAAAGAUAAAAAUAGUGAAGACGGCGAGGAGAAAAAGUCUGAUCCCGUUGAGUUGCUAGUCAGAAAAUUCUUGAAGUGUAACAAGAGCGAGGGUAAUCCUGAAUACCAAGAAGCUUUCUUGCGGGAAACAGUGCGAGAAUUUCCUUUCAGAGAAAGCACGAUCUUCCGUCAAAUGGUAGCUACUCUUGCAAGCACCGAUCCUCCAUCUGCAGUAUCGGUUGUAUCAGCUGCAAUUAAUGGACAAAGAGGUUUUUCCGAUAAUCUCCAGAUCUGUGUAACCUGUGGGGAAGAAAAGGCUACCAAAAAAUGCAGUAAGUGCAAGGCAGUUCAGUAUUGCGAUCGAGAAUGUCAAAGACUACACUGGUUCAUGCAUAAAAAAUCUUGUGCUAGGUUGGGACAAAGUUCUAGCAUUAAAUUAACAGAUGUUGAUCGGGCUCAGGUAGCUAACGCGGUUAGUUCGAGACUUCAAAACUUGGCUGUUAAUUAAUUAUGUCGAAUGACACGAGUUUUUUUUUUUUUUUGAAAGCCAUAUUACCAGCAAUCUAACGUCGGAUGCUCUAUAUUUAUUGAAUAUAAACAAAAAUGACCAAUUUAGUUAAAUGUAAAUAAAUCUUCCAAUAGCUAUAUCACGUGAUAUAUCACAAAUAGACAUGUACGUGUCAAAACAAUCGGCAUACCAGGAAGCUACUAUGGUGUUACGUUACACCACGUAAUGUAAUAAAUGAUCAUUGACCUUGCGAUUUAUGUUUCUUAUAGUGUAGAGUCAACUCCACGUUUUUAUUAUUUUAUUCAAACGGCUCGAGCAUCCCGCCAUUCUUAUAAUUGUCAAUGUGUACGUGUGUACUUAGACUAUUUCUCGUAGUUUUUCGACGUUGUUUUUUGUGAUUACCUUUUAUAGUGCAUAAUUUUCAAUAAAAUGUGUAUAUGUGUACAUAUAA